CGGUCGGCAGUUUCACCUUUCAGACUUUAAACACUGCGUCAAUACUUCUCUUGAAACUUUCCUCUGACUGGGCUGUGAUACAUGAUUCGGGUAGGCGGUUCCAGCUAUUAACUACACGGGUAGAGAGAGUGGCGUCACCAUGGAUGCGUAACCUCCUCGGUCUUCACCAAGUUCGCCUCGGAGAAUGCGCCGGGUAUAUAUCAGAUCUCCUCGGUGACGACGGUAGGCCAGAGAGAAGAGAUUCAGCUGUUCCAGUCGAUCUUCGUAGGAAAGCUGCUGGCUCGAUGCCCCAUGGCAACUUGCUGCCUCUCACAGUGUGUGCCGGAGUGCUGGUUAUCACUGGCUUUCACAUGACACUCUAAUCAAGAGCAGAUGGCCUCAGCAAUGGUUUGUUCCUGGGAGGAGGAUGUUUGUGCAGACACAGGACACACCAAACCCAAACAGCCUCAAGUUUCUGCCCGGACGCAUAGUUCUUGAAUCAGGAACUAUGGAUUUUCCCAGCCCUCGUGAAGCAUACACCUCACCCUUAGCCAGACAGCUAUUUCGGAUUGAUGGGGUCAAGAGUGUCUUCCUGGGCCCUGACUUUAUCACCAUAACCAGGGUUGAUGAAAAUAUCGAAUGGAAAGUAAUGAAACCUGACGUGUUUGCCACCAUUAUGGACUUUUUUACCUCUGGGCUCCCAGUCGUCAAUGAGGAUGAAAAACCUAGUGAAGACACAGCACCGUCGGAUGAUGACGAUGAGGUAGUUGCUAUGAUCAAAGAAUUGUUGGACACUCGGAUAAGACCCACAGUGCAGGAAGACGGAGGCGAUAUUGUGUAUUGCGGCUUCGAGGAUGGUGUGGUGAAACUGAAGUUACAGGGAUCCUGCACCAGUUGUCCAAGCUCCAUUAUCACUUUAAAGAAUGGAAUCCAAAACAUGCUACAGUUUUAUGUCCCCGAGGUUGAAUCGGUUGAGCAGGUGAAAGAUGAAGAGGAGGCUGCUGAAAUUUGACUGAUAUACGAGGACAACAAGCGCACAUUCCUCAAUGCACUGUCCAAUAAGUAACUCAUAUGGCUUGGGAUACAAUACCACACAGUGGGAGUACUCAUUAGCCUUUAUGCUAAUCAUAAAAUCACAUGAUUCGAUUUGUGUAUAGUAUAUUCAACACAACAGUACUACCACAUCGGGCAACUUUUUUUUUUUGCUCGAUAGUCAUUUCAUUUAUCAAACAUGUCCUCAAACUGCUACUCCAAAGGAGUUUAUUCAUUAAACGCACAAUAUUUAUAUGAAUAAAAUUUAUCCAUAAACA